AAUUUCUCUUGUGUUUUUUAAAAAUGCCAGAAUUUAAAAAAUGCUGUAAUGGAGCAAGUCAUGAAAGCCUGUCCAAAAAGGGCAUUGCCAGAUAUGAACAGUCCGUCUCAUACAACAUAAUCAACGAUGGUAAUAACGAUCACGUGACUGGAUUGUCGCACCUGUUAGCACCUGAGGUCCAUGAUGCACCUCUGAAAACGGUGCUGGACAACUUGGAUGUUCUUGAGGAGCUUGUGUUGGUAUUAGACCCGGACAUUUCUGGCGCCAAGAACACUCGUCACCUUGCUGCCCAGUGCUCCUUUUCCUUUGCCUGGAUAAAUUAUGCUUAUUCCAUGAAGGACCACAAAAGCCCCCUUGUUGCUGUUUUGGAGGGUGUCGUCACCAAGAACCCAGACUGGACUGUCGGCCACCUCGCUGAGCUGCUAACCGCUAUCGGUCGUAACGAUGCAGUGGAGAUUUUGGCGAAGCUUCCUGCAGGUGUAUAAGAAUAAUUCAUGCAAUAUUUUAAGAACACAAAACCAGUAAUUUAUUUACUUAUACUGUAUUGUUGAAUACAAUCUCAUAAGAAUUUGUGAAUUUGUAUGAUCUGCUUAUGCCUCACUGAGGGUUAAUGCUUAGUAUUUGUUCUAAAAAUCGUUCAUCGUAGUGAACAAUUAUACAAAAUCGCCAACUUGGAAAUGGUUUUCUCAUGAGAUUGUGUAUUUUUCCUUAUAUAUAAGUUCAGUAUUCAGUUGAGAGUUGAAGCACGCAAUGCUUGAAUUAUGUACUCAGACUGACCAUCAUUUGGAAUCAAAGACAAGACACAUUUUGAUGUUUUCCCUAACUGUUCCACCAUCUCCAUUUCAUCCUUACAUGUUACACAUUUAGUUUUAUAUAGCUUAAACGUAACACUGCAUAACACUAUUUAUAUUUCACCAUUUUUGUUAAACUACUAGAAUUCAUGAAAAUGAAGUGUCUUUUUCUUCUAAUCUUUUUAUAAGUGUCAUAAAUCUUGGAAACUUAGAAUUAUUGGCAAACCAAUAUUCCAAGUUUUCCAUUACUUGACAGGAUUUGGCCACAAACCCUUUCUGAAAGCAUUGUAUCAUUAGUUAUUAGUAGUGCACAAUUGAUUCUUUUGUAUAGUC